CACAGGGAUCCUCCCCCUCAGUUCAGCCUUUAAAUAGAGCUCCUCUCUGGCUGUUCGGCCUCGGUGAUCGCUUCCCAGCCGCCGGCACAUCAACUUCACACGUUCUCCUCCGAACCAAGCCUCUUCGUAAGACAUGGAGCGUACUUUCGUAGCCGUGAAGCCCGAUGGCGUGCAGCGUGGUCUCAGUGGCGAGAUCAUCAGGCGAUUCGAGCAGAGAGGCUUCAAACUGGUUGCUGCCAAGUUCAUCCAGGCCUCUGAGGACCAAAUGAAGAAGCACUACCAGGACCUGAAGGACAUGCCCUUCUACGCUGGUCUCUGCAAAUACAUGUCCUCUGGGCCCAUCUUCGCCAUGGUUUGGGAAGGUCAGAACGUCGUGAAGCUGGUCAGGACGAUGCUGGGUGAGACCGACCCCGCUGCAUCCCAGCCCGGCAGCAUCCGUGGAGACCUGUGCAUCAACAUCGGCAGGAACAUCAUCCACGGCAGCGACACCCUGGAGAACGCCAAGACCGAGGUCGACCUGUGGUUCAAGGCCGAGGAGUUCGUUAACUGGACCCCCGUCUUCCAGCCCUUCCUGUACGAGUAAAGCAACCAAUCAGAACACCACAUCCAGCUGGAGCCCCACCCACUCCCCCCCCACAACCCUCGGUUCCGCCCCUGCAGUCGAACCUCUGACUUCGUCUUCAUCAAUAAACCCACAACAUGUCGCACUGAUCAAUAAAGUGUUGUCAUGGUA